ACUGUUGUCAUCUUCUCCAGUGACUGCUCUAAUAGACAGUUGAUGUUGUUUGUGGUGGUGUUUACAGUUGGCCUGGGCGGGAAGGUGCUGGUCUUCCCGUAUGAGACGGACUUCAGCUUCGUGGCGCUCAUCCCCCAAAAGGAGAUGGGCCUGCGGGCGUUCACGCUGUGCAUGCGCGUGGCCACCGAGCUGGAGGGCGAGCGGCAGAUCAUCCUGUUCGCCUACCGCACGCCCGACUACGACGAGCUUAACGUGUGGCGCGAGAAAGACGGCCGCAUCGCCUUCUACCUGAGUGGCGACGGCGCCUUCUUCCACCUGCCGCCCAUCACCACAUUCAGAACGAGUCUCUGCCUCACCUGGGAGUCCCGUACCGGGCUGGCCGCCUUCUGGGUGGACGGCCGCCGCAGCACCUACCAGGUGUACAAGCCGGGCCACACCAUCCGUCCCAAGGGGACCGUCCUCCUUGGGCAAGACCCGGACAAACACCUGGGAGACCUGGAGGCAGUGCAGAGCUUUGUGGGGGAAGUGACCGACCUCAACAUGUGGGACUAUGUGCUGCCCAGAAGCCAGAUACAAGCCCUGCAUUACGAACAUAAGAUCGCCAAAGGAAACAUCUUUGACUGGGCCACCAUCGAGUACCAGCUGAACGGGAAUGUGAUGGUGGUUGAUGAUGACUGACUCGGAGUGGAGUCGCGAGCGAACGCGGAUGUGACCCGUUUGUGUGUCUCUGCUGGACUGCUACUGACCUUUUUUCAUUAGUUUGGUCUUCUAGAUCUAGUCACUUGCAUUCCUUAUGUAGUCAAUUAACUAUGUUCCCUCACAAAAUACCAGUUGUUCAUAAGAAGAGAUGGACAUUUUGUGUUGUUUAAAAAGUCUAUGCAGAAAUGUCAAAACCAGAUUCCAAAAGGUCCUUUCUUUUUAUAACUAACUAUUUAGGAUAGAUACGGUAUGUCCUCACCUAAUGCAUGCAUGGGGAGAUUAACCAUAUUUUAUUAGCAUUCCAGCAGUUAUGUUAAUUCAUGAAGCAAGAUGUGAAAAUUUGGUAUACUACUAUUUAACUUUAACUUUAUUAGUCUCCUCUUGCAGCCUGCUAAUUAUCAUGAAUGUUCAGUACAAAUUGCAUACAGUAUGCAAAUUAACCUGUUUAGUUACAGAGCCAGUUUAUUUAUUGCUCUCAGAAUGAUUUUAUUUUUGUGGCCUCAUGCCAGGCUUCCAGGGAUUUGUAUACAUUUGUCACGUGGCUGGUGAGCACUAUUUUCAAUGGAAUGUACCAUAUUUAACCACAAGAUGGCAGUAUAUGCUAGUUUAAUCAGUGAGCGCCAAAUAAUACAUUUCAUGAUCAUGCAUGGUUUCAUUUUUUGAUUUAACUAGGCAAGUCAGUUAAGAACAGAUUCUUAUUUACAAUGACUGCCUACACGGACAACGUUGGGCGCCGCCCUUUGAGACUCCCAAAUACGGCCGGUUGUGAUACAGCCUGGAUUCGAAGACCAGACCGCUGCGCCACUCGGGAGCCCAAAUAGUGUGGCAUUCUUGUGCUCAAGAUUUCAAUUGCUUUUGUUCCCGCUAAUGGCUAAAUUGAAACUGUUUACAUUAGACCUGCAAUGUUAAAAUCAUGCACGUCAAAUGAUUUGAUAUUGAUUUUAUUCUUAAAUAUGAACAAUGUUACCACUAUUUUGACAAUUGUUUAUGGAAAACGGGAUGAGUGAAUGAAAGCUGAAAGAGAAGGAUGAUUCAUUAUUUCUAUACUUAAUAAUUUAACUGCGCUUUGAGACAAACCUGCAAUUGUGAUGUUUAAAAGCUAUUGCCAUAAUGUUGCCUUUGGUUAUCACACUCCCUCUCAUAAAUGUUCAAUGUUUAAACUGAUGUAAGAAUGCUUUUUGGGUCUGAAAUCAGAUCUUGGCAUGUGCAUAACUAAAAGUGUGUGUUUAUUAAAGAGAAAAUAGGUCUUUGAACUUUGAGCAUCCACUUUGUAUUCUACUUACAAUUGCCGGUGAGACCUUCACAAGGUAAAGUAGUGGUGGUAUACUGUGCCAUUGUUUAAUUGUUCUA